AUGGGUGAUCAAAAUGGUAGUGCUUCGCCGGCUGCGCCCUCAGAACACAUUCAACUCAAAGUUCGCUCGCCAGACGGUUCGGAAGUUUUCUUUAAGAUCAAGAAGAAAACCAAACUGGAGAAGUUGAUGAGUGCAUAUUGCAAUAGACUUGGACAAUCACAAGAUGCUGUUCGAUUUCUCUUUGACGGGGAAAGGCUGAAAGGGGAUAAGACUCCUGAGGAAAUGGGCAUUGAAGAGGGAGAUAUUAUCGACGCAAUGGUUCAACAAACAGGAGGCUGUGGUUAUUAA